AUGUCAUUUUGUGUAAAACCAGAAAAUGGAAAAGAUAAAGUUAUGUUUUUAACUAGCAAUGAUUUAAGUUCUCCAUCUGCAAUUAAACUAAAAGAUGAUGAACAAUUUGAUCCUUGGGAACAACAUGGUUUAGUACUACCAAAUGGUUCAAUCAAUUGGAAUUGCCCAUGCCUCGGUGGUAUGGCGUCAGGCCCAUGUGGUCUUGUUUUUCGUCGAGCCUUUACCUGUUUCCAUAAUAGUGAUGUCAAUUCUAAAGGUUCUGAAUGUUUUACCGAAUUUUCUGCAUUAACACAAUGCUUUGCGAAAUAUCCGAAUCUGUACGGAAGUAAAGAUAAAUCUUCAACUAGUCAACCAACAACAACAUCAGCUACAACGGCCAUAUCUGAUGCACUUCGUAGUCAAACAUAG